GGAAAUACAAGGAUAGAUGGUCGGGGAAGUUCGACAAGCACUCAGCCUAAUCAGUAUUCUCGUGGUCGUGAGAAGAGUAGGAGGUAAAGAUGUCGGAGCGAAAAGUUUUAAACAAAUACUACCCACCCGACUUCGACCCUUCAAAAAUCCCAAAGCUCAAGCUUCCUAAAGACCGGCAGUAUGUGGUGCGGCUGAUGGCCCCCUUCAACAUGAGGUGUAAGACAUGUGGAGAAUAUAUCUACAAGGGCAAGAAGUUCAACGCCCGCAAAGAGACAGUGCAGAAUGAGUCCUACCUGGGCCUGCCCAUCUUCCGCUUCUACAUCAAGUGCACGCGCUGCCUGGCAGAGAUCACCUUCAAGACAGACCCCGAAAACACAGACUACACCAUGGAGCAUGGAGCCACGCGGAACUUCCAGGCUGAGAAGCUCCUGGAGGAGGAGGAGAAGAGGGUGCAGAAGGAGCGGGAGGACGAGGAGCUGAACAACCCCAUGAAGGUGCUGGAGAACAGAACCAAGGACUCCAAGCUGGAGAUGGAGGUUCUGGAGAACCUGCAGGAGCUCAAGGACCUGAACCAGCGGCAGGCGCACGUGGACUUCGAGGCCAUGCUGCGGCAGCACCGCCUGUCGGAGGAGGAGCAGCGGAAGCACGAGCAGGCGGAGGAUGAGCGGGAGGCGGCGGCCUUAGUGGAAGAAUCUAGGAAACGAAGACUCCUGGAAGACUCCGAUUCAGAGGAGGAUGCUGCCCCCACCCAGCCCCAGCAGGCCCUCCUGCCCAACCCCACCGCCAUCCUGGACGAGGCCCCAAAAGCCAAGAGGAAGGCAGAGAGCUGGGAGCGCAGUGUGGGCACCUUUGGCAGCAGUCCCCAGCUGUCUGGCCUGGUUGUGGUGAAGAAAACAGACCUGGGCCGCAGCAUCCAGCGAGGAGGAGUCCUGCCCGCCCCAGGUAGGUUCCUGCAGUCCCUUAGCUUCAUGCAGUGCCAAGGGUGGCCACCAGGUGGCAACAGCACCCCCGGUGCUGUUCCGGUGCGGGGUGAGGUGUGCCCCCAACCAGGGGUAAGGGGAGAAGGGCUACAGUUCCCUUUUUUUCUUGUAAUUACAAAAGGAGCAAGUGCUUGCUUUUAAAACCCAAGUCAGAUAGAGGCGUGUAGGACAAAUUGUCCGCACCUCAGUGGUUGUGCCGCUGAUGCUCUGUGUGUGUGGCUCCUCGGACCCUCGGGAGAUGGAGAAUUAGGGUGAGGUCGGCCCGAUGAGGUGGAAAGAGCAGGCUUCCAGGGCAGGGAUCCUGGGUGCAGAUCCCUCUGCUUCCACGUGCUUGUUCUGUGGCCUUGGUCGAGGGCCCUCAACCCUGGUCCUCAGCUUCCUGUCCUGGAAGCUGCUCGUGACAACAGGACCAACCUCGUAGGGCCUCGUAGGGUUUGGGGGCUGAUUCCAUGAGCUGCUCCAUGUCGGGCGCCUGCAGUAGAUCCUGGCACCCAGCGAGCCUUGCGGAUACACGAGCCAUUGUUAUCAGAACAGUUAUUACCCCAUUUAUCAGAUGAGGAGACUGAGGCCCAGAGACGUGAAGCUGUUUGCCCAAAGCCACACAGCCAGGGUGGGUGGUGGAGCCAGGGUCUGCCCCUCUUUGUCACUUGGGACUUGGAGUGUUUCCGUUUUCUGUGUUGCACCCCUGGCAUGGGCACCUCUGCCCACCUAGAUCAGCUUUCAGAAGCAGAGCUGCUGGGUCAAGGGGUGUGCGGUUUAAACCGUGAUGGGUCUGCCAGGCACUUUCCACAAAGGCUGCAAACAAGCAGGAAUGGCCGAGCCCACCUGGAACUGUCCCGAGGUGGGCUGCCGGGACGAGGAGGCACAGUGGGCUAGCUCUCGCCUCUCCCCCAGAUGCAAUGAAGAACGGCCAGGUGGCUGGCCCUGCGCCCCAGACGUCUGGCACCUCCUCCCUGAGCCAGCUGGGUGUGUAUUCUGACAGCGAGGACAGCAGUGGCAGCAACUGAGCCCUGCCCCCAGGCCCUUCCCCAGGUCAAGAUCACACAGCCAGCUCCAGCCCAUGGUCGGGGCAGGAGGCCCUGGGACCAACCGGAGUCACCACUGGACAAGCACAAAUGACCUCCAAGGCUGGCGGGGUCAGCAAUGGCUUCAGCUGAGGGACUCAGUUUCUCUCCCGUUCCCCCACCUUCCCCCCUCUGGAGCUCGGGGUCCCCAGCUCACAUGGCGACAUCCCCGGAGCAGCUUCUGGCAGGCCUUCGAGGUUGUCGCAGCUGACAUCCCGAGAUGCUCUGGGCACGUGGGUGAGCCCACCCACCAGUGGUUGGCUCCAUCCCCGCCACAGAACCAUCUGGAACCCAUGAAAGGAACCUGCUGAUCUGGCCUGGGGGUACCUUCUCUCUGCCAGCAUCUGAGGAGGGGGCUGCAGAAGCACGCAACCUAGCCAGUCCUGGACUCUUGACUCAGAAACUGUGAGAUAAUAAAUGUUCCUUGUUUCAUA